AUGAUUUUCCCCUCCUUAUUGUUAGCAUUGGCGACUGCUGGCACUCGCCUGGCCACAGCAUCUAUUAUUUAUGACGGUCGAGCGCCCUUUAACCUGACGAAUGCUGACCUUGACGUCUCGGCUGGACCUUAUUUAACAGUUGUUAAGGGUGCACUAAACGCAUCUCACUAUUCAACUCUCCUUGGACAUUCCUUACCCCCAACCCCACUCUGGAACAAACUGCUCCGGGUCCCUGCUCCGAUUGAACAGGCCAUCUCAGUGACAAUCGACAACAGCUCCGUGUUUGUCCCAGGUGCUGGGCCACCGCAAUUCGGAUUCCGGCGCACCGAGCUGAUUGCACAAAAGAAUGGGGAUCAUGCUAACCUAGUCCCCCUCAUGGAGUCUGGAGUGACUGCGUUCCAUUUUUCUAUCAAACAAGACGAAAAGAAACCUCUCAAUUAUAGCCACGAAUAUCAGAUCGUGUUCAUCGAGCCUAAUGAUGGUUCUCAUGUCUUCGGAAUCCAGCUAGGCUCCCCUUUCACGAUCCCUACUGGCAUAUUGCCAGCCGCAAAUGCACAUUCGUUCAAAGUACUAGACCACGCCCUAAACGUUAUCUUCCAGACAUCAUUCUCUGCUUGCCACUGGCACAAUUUCGCAAUUCAGGUGGACUGGGACAACAGAUCGCUUGCAGUGCUCUAUUCCAAAGACGACGACCAUCUAGCGGCGGUAACAGCAGUUGUACCAAACCUGUCCGCGGCUUCUGGGUCCGCUGGGCAAGGUGAUUUUCACUUUGGGGUCCUCAAGCUUCCCCUUGUGAAUCCUGUGGAUUCUGCAGCGGAUCAAGGUGAUGUAGCCCACCAUGGUCUUCAGGAGGGCACGACAGAAGGACUUUUGUACUCUGGGGUGUUUGUGGAGAGUGUGGAGAGUGGUAUUAGCGUCGGAGCUGGGGCUUCAAUAGCGAAGAUAGGUUAG